AUGAGUAAGUGCGACGGAAAGACCAGUCUUCAAGGGGCGAAUUCAGAGGACAAUUUUGAACAGACCUAUGAGUUCCUCAACGAAAUUUCUCUCGACUCGUUGCAGACUAAAACAAUCAUAACUUACUGCACCGAACAACACACGAACUAUCUCUUGUACCUCCCACUGUUAAUGCGGCACAUCGUCAUCCAACCCCGCUCCGAAUACAAAAUCACGUUGAUAAAAGCUGUUGUUAAAACUGCGAUAGAAUAUGGAGAUGUGUAUACACGAAUAUUCUGGUUGCAUCGCGCGGGAGGUAUUUGUGUCUGUAGUGAUCCUGUGUUUUGUAAGUUGGUCGAAGGGGGCGUGAAGGACGUCUGCUACUUACUCCAACUGAUCGACGAGAAACGAAAAAAGCUGGAAGACAAACGAGGCGAAGUGACCAAAUCGAUCAAUUACCAAAAUGAAGAUAUCAUCAACUGGAUUGCAAGAGCUAGAGAUACUCUUUUGACAUUACCAAAAGAAGCGCCAAGACCUACACUGUAUUUGAAUCGAAAUUUCAUGCCAGGAGAAAUCAGAGAGAAAAACGAUUUGGAGCUUGAAAGAGAUGGGGUUUAUGUGCUGAAUUACACGGGAAACUGUGAUCCGUUUUUGGGGGAGGGCGUGUUGGUGAAGAUGAUCGCAUUGAAGUCGUAUAAAUCAGCAACAACACCCAUUUCUCUGAUGUUUUACUACGGAGAUAACGAAAACGGACAACAAAAAAGAAGAAGAGUGAUGUUCAAAUACGGAGAUGAUUUGAGACGGGACAUGGCAGUCCAAGUGAUGUUUAAUGUGUUCAACGUGUUAUGGCUGAAAGAGUCGUUUUUAGCGCAUCCAACUGAUUUCGACAAAAACACCACGUGCAAACCAAUUGCUGUGACGUACUCGGUGGUUCCAACUGGGCCAAAGGAGGGCGUUUUCCAAAUGUUGGGGUGCAUCGAGGAGGUCUGUGCAUGCCAGAAACACCCCGAAUUACACUGCUGUCCCGAUGGAUGGGAAUUCGAACAACUUUCAAUGAAAAAUAAGGAUUGUCCUGUGUGCUCAAUCAACUUGAGAAUAGAUGAGUAUUUGCCAAAGGAGAUGGCGACAAUGAUAUCGACGUUGUCGGGCGGGUUUAUUGCGUCGUAUUGCCUUGGUGUAAGAGACAGACACUUAGAAAAUUGGAAGUUCCAUUUAUGUGACAAAUCAUUUGCUCAUAUCGACUUUGGUUUCGUCAUCAAUUUAAGACCGAAGUUCGAUGCAAACCGUUUUGCAAUACCAACUAUCAUCCGUACCUCAUUGAACAACACCGUUGUGACAUUGGAGAAAUCAAAGAUUGGCGCGUGGGAUCUUUUUGUGCAAAAUUGCACUUCAGGGUUCUUGGUACUCAGAAGAUGUGUUGGGAUGAUCAUUCGUCUCUCGGUGUUAGUCUUUGGCUUCGACACACAAUUUGAUGAAGCCGCCGUCACUAAGUGUUUGACAGACGCUUUUGCCCUAUCCAUUCCUGAAAGCGACGCAGUGAAUAUGCUCAUUGGCAACUUGCAAAAUAGCUCGAUCCAGAAAAUGGUGAAGGACAAGCAGCACAAAGUGCUCAAGUUCAUUCGUAAGUAUUUCUAA